GAUGCCAAAGUGAGCUGUUAGCCGAACCGAACGACGAGUACCGCGCGAGUCUAUCGCAGGCCGAGCAAGCGAGCGGUUGGCUUUUUGUCGCUCAUUGCGCAACGGUUGAGACAUUUUUUUCAAUUUUUAUUUCGAAAAAAGUGGGAAAAAACUUUUCACUCAGAGUGGGUUAAAUACGUGCGAUCGUAACAUACAAUUCCAUGGUUAUCGUUACACUUGAAUCCGUUAUUAUGCACCGUUUUUUUUUUUUCGUUCCCUUUAUGAAAGUGGUUGAAGUUCGCGAGUGCAAAAAUCGCGCAGUAUCGUCGUGCUCGCAGUGCUAGUUCUAUUUUUCCCCCCGUCUCGCUUUAUCUAACUGUUAUUCGUCGUUGUUGCUUUCGUUUUUUUCUUUCCAUGUGAUUGAAAAAAUUCAAUUCAUGGAUAACAGUAUUGACUGUAGGAAUUGCGUGAAAUCGCCGGAUUUUGUGUUCCUAUCUAAUGAUAAAUAUAUCGAUAUCAACUGUGUCUUCGUCUAUGACAACGAAGAUAUCGUUGGGUAAACGUAUGCGUACAUAGGUAGGUGUAGGCAUAUGGAUGUGUAAAUAUACAUAAGUAUAAAACAACUCAAGGAACACUUCAACGGUCUUCUUGUUGCCAUUUCUCUCAUAUCUUAUUGCGGAAUUUAUCGUGUGAAGUGCGUUGUGUAAUUGUAAUAACGUUUGAAUAACGAACGACCUGCGGAAGGUUCAAUUACGUUACAAAAGGUUACUUGGUUUUCUCUCCUUGUUUCGGUCUCGUAACGCAUCACAAUCACCUUAUCUGUGUACAUCGUUAAAAAUACACACUGUGAUAAUGUGACGAACGCGUAAGAUUAUCAAAUUUAUAACUCUGAAAAUGAAGAAAAUGAAUAAACAAAUAGAAACGCAAUUCGAUGUACAUAGUUAUAUACUUGGAUGAAUAGAAAAUAACAAGUAAAGUGAAAAAGAAAAGCAAAAGGAAAGAGAUACGAAUAAAUUAAAAAGUAAAAAGAAAAGGUCGUCCUAUCGUAAUCUCGAUGGAUUAUCUAUUGAGACAUGUCAACAACACGUGCGUAUAAUACAGAGUCUGCAGUUCGGUUUUUUUUUCUAUCGUCAUUCGAUAAUCAAACUACGACGACAACCACUCGAAAAUAUCGACGACUUGUGCUUGAUUUUGUGAUGUGACAUUAGAAAAUUUCGCCACGUUUUAUCUCUACUUUUCGACUGCGUUCAAGUAUAAUUUUUCAAGUCCAGAAAAAGAACGUCACGGGGUCUGCGGUGAUAGAAUCCAAUGUGAAAAUAUUGCCGAUAUAUCGAGUGUGCGAAGAAAAAAGAACGGGAUGACGACGUCCUUGGAAAUUAUGUAUUCUUACGUCGCUGAGAGGUAAUCAAAGAUCGGUUGAUUACCCUGAUGUGAAAUACAAUUCUAUGAGUUUUACAAUAAUCGUCGCAAAGUGUGAUCUAAGGUCAAGAGAGAUCGGACGAAGAAUUGCAACUGUACACUCGGUAGGAUAUAAAUGCUCUCCUCGCGAAGAAAACGAAGCAAGCAAAACCAAGUAUAUUGUAACAAGUGAGUGGUAAUUGUACAGAGGAGCGAAACGCACUGUUUCCAUAUAUCCUUGCAAAAAAUAAAAGGAAGAAUAAAAAUACUGUCGUCGGUGGUGAAUCAGUGGAGAUUUGAACAGGUUGCAAGUAAUAAUGGAAAACGAAAAAUAUAUCUGCAAGAUUUUUGCCUAUGAAAAAAAAGGCGCAAAUGCAUCCCUGAAACUGUGAAACUCAAACUCCAAUGGAACGAAGGAAAAAAUGAGGUAAUAAAAAGAAGUAUAAUAAGAUAAAACGUGUACCUUGAAAUGACCAAAAAAUUAAAAAUUUUAACGAAAAAACAAAUUAAGUAAAAAUUAAGUAAAAAUACAAAAUAACGGACAGCGAAGAAACAUUACCGUGCAAUAUUUAGUACAUAUGUAUAGUUUAUGGCGAUCGAUAAGAAAAAUUGAAUCAUACCUAUUGCCAGAAUAGUCUCUAAUCGAUAAAGAAAAAAUCAUUUGCAAUGAGUUUAUAGUGAAAUUAUUUGCGAGGUGUUCAAAAGAGAAUGAUCUCUCAACUCUGCUGGCGGAGAAGAGGAGUACAUACCUACCUUAAACUAAACGUGCAACAAGUUAUACCGUAACAACAUGGACUAGUACUUCUCGUUUUUCAAUUCUGUCGACAGUCGAUUCGUUUAUUUAUCCGUUAUAAUCAGACAUUUGCACGCGCUACAAUUGGACCACAAAAGCACGUGACAAGAGCGCUUCGCGUUGGUUUCAUUCAAUCAAGCUACGGAUCUGUGCAUGCAUAAACGGAUCGUAUGUACGCCCGGGAUGAUUGCGUAACGAGAUCUUAUCGGCCCUUCGAAUGACGUCUGCUCAACGUUCGAUGCGAUAACUUAUUUCUUCUAAUCGGAAGAGUGAGAGUGAAAGAACGAAUGAGGAAAAAGGAGAAAGACAAACUCGCGACAGGUGGAGGGAAGGGUUGAAGAGCCGAUCAAUUAAUUGAUUCGCUACGCACGGCUCUGCGGUUCAGUUUAUAUUUUACAUACUUGCACAAGCUGUGCCGCUUUUUGCAACGGAACACGGCAAAUCGUCUGCGCAUAUAUUUGGAACUUUUGAGACUUGUCACCUUCGACAUAUACAUAUCUUCGGAUUUUGAACGUCGGUGGAUAGCCCACCGCGCGACCUGAGAAGAAAGAAUAUCAAUUAUUUGCUGGAGAAUAUCCCCGUUAAUCGUCGUCGACGUUGUCACGAAGCACCGUUUGACACCUUGUAAUAUUCAAAAAUACCGCACGCAUAUCGUAAUAUAUAUAAAUAAAUAAAUGAAAAUCAAAUGAAAAACCACGCGUGAAACGUUAUACCGUAGACACGCUGGACGUGACUUCAAAAUCUAAAGCAAAUAUCUCGUGGUGAAUCUCCGACGUCUUGUUAACGUUAUAUUAUUCCAUCGUUGCGUCGAAAGUUCGCGGUAGUGUGUGCUCGGGUGAAUAUAAUUUGUGAAUAGUGAAAAGACUGACUCCAGUGAAAUUUUAUAUUCAAGUUUAAAGAAAAUUUGAUCAACGAACGGCUAAUUAUUAUAAGUUUGUCGCUACGCAAAAUAUCCCAUUUCACAACGUAGGCUGGGAGCAUAUCCAAGGGAGCGAGGCACGAGAGUGGAAUUGAAAUAUUGACAUUUGAAAAUGGAAAAGUAAGAACUGUGCUCGCGAUUUUCGAUUCCUAUCGUCGCGUAAUAAUCAGGUGUGUCGAAGGAGCGCCCCUUCUUCCGUUUCUAUUGUCUUUCGAGAUAAAUUUUUAACCUUCGAAACCUGAUACGUAAAAUAUUUUGAAUGACUUUUCUACUUUGCGGUUUCGUCUUCAACUCGUCGUCCUCGUCGGGCGAUAAGAAAAAAUUCGAGCAAAUGCCAGUCGCCUCCAAAGAUUGGGUUUCGCACCCCGCUAAAAUUAGUACGUCGAUAACAACCGUCAAGGGUGGUACGAUUCAGAGCACCACGACCGCUUGGAUGUCACCGUACAGCAGGGGUGACCCUCCUAAUGACAGAGGAGGACCUAAUAACAAUGGCGUUGUCAUUCUCGAGGGAUGCAGACCUCCAGCUGCAACGACCGCUAGACGAUUUCUCAGGUGGUUCAGCAGACUUGGACAACCUCCCAUCGGAAAAUCAGGGGUGCUGGAGAUGGCGGCCACUGAAAGCACUAUCAGAUUCAGCGGUCAUACCUUGGACAAAGCUACAAAAGCGAAGGUGACGUUGGAGAAUUACUACAGUAAUUUAAUAGCUCAACAUAUUGAGCGGAAACAGCGGCUUGCCAAAUUGGAAGAGUCGUUAAAAGAUGAGGGACUUUCUGAAGAGCAAAAACAGGAAAAGAGGCUGCAACAUGCCCAAAAAGAAACCGAAUUUCUCAGACUCAAACGGUCACGUUUGGGAGUUGAGGAUUUUGAACCUCUCAAAGUCAUCGGCAGAGGGGCUUUUGGAGAGGUGAGGUUGGUCCAGAAAAAGGACACGGGGCAUGUCUACGCCAUGAAAAUUCUUAGAAAAGCUGACAUGCUUGAAAAAGAGCAGGUCGCACAUGUCAGAGCCGAGCGAGAUAUUCUCGUCGAGGCUGAUCAUCAGUGGGUGGUUAAAAUGUACUACAGUUUUCAAGAUCCCAUAAAUCUUUAUCUGAUUAUGGAAUUUUUACCUGGUGGUGAUAUGAUGACCCUUUUGAUGAAGAAAGACACUCUUUCUGAGGAAUGCACGCAAUUUUAUAUUUCUGAAACGGCAUUAGCCAUAGAUUCUAUACACAAACUAGGUUUUAUUCAUCGCGAUAUCAAGCCGGACAACCUCCUGUUGGACGCACGGGGUCACAUCAAACUUUCAGAUUUUGGUUUAUGUACAGGCCUUAAGAAGUCCCAUCGAACAGAUUUUUACAGGGACCUCAGCCAGGCAAAACCCUCGGACUUUAUGACGUCGUGCGGCUGUGGUAGCGGUGGAGCGAUGGACAGUAAGCGAAGAGCAGAAAGUUGGAAGAGAAACCGAAGGGCACUAGCUUACAGUACAGUUGGUACUCCAGACUACAUAGCUCCUGAAGUAUUUUUACAGAACGGUUAUGGACCAGCUUGUGAUUGUUGGUCUCUAGGUGUUAUUAUGUACGAAAUGCUCAUAGGCUACCCUCCGUUCUGCAGUGAAAAUCCUCAGGAAACUUACAGAAAAGUUAUGAACUGGCGAGAAACGCUUAUAUUUCCACCAGAAGUCCCAAUUAGCGAAGAAGCUAAAGAUACCAUCGUCAGGUUUUGCUGUGAAGCCGAUAGAAGAUUGGGAUCGCAGAGAGGAAUUGAAGAAUUGAAGCUCGCGCCAUUCUUCCGUGGAGUUGAUUGGGAUCAUAUACGGGAAAGGCCAGCUGCUAUUCCAGUAGAAGUACGAUCUAUCGAUGACACGUCUAACUUCGACGAUUUCCCUGAUGUGAAGCUCGAAAUACCGUCAGCACCACUACCGCAAGAUGGGGAGGUAACAUAUAAGGACUGGGUAUUUAUCAAUUACACUUUCAAACGAUUCGAGGGUCUUACACAGCGAGGUACUCCCACCAAGAAAUAGCAAGCCCCGAUCAACCCAUGCUCAACCGUCAACCAUCAAAUACAAUUUGGUGGAACGAUUGAUCCGGUAUUGGUGCAUCAUAAUCACAACUCGCCACAGCAUCAUAAUCCUCAUCACCAUCAUCGUCAUCAUCGCUACCAUCAUCCGCUUACAGGCGAAUGAAAAUGAUGACGGCCAACCACUCGUAGUUAACGAGUAAUGAUGUAGUUCUUGGAGGAUUUGUGUGUGGUGAAAUUAUAUGAGAAAUCGACUUUAUCCGUGAUAAAUAUUUUGUGAUAGAUAAGGAUCUAUCCAAUUUCUAUUUCGUAGAAGAUAUGAUGAUGGAUAUUUGUGUACUGUGGAAGGUUGCUACAAGUACGAAAGAUCUGCAAAUGCGUUGGUUGUGCAUGGAUUGAAUAACGAUGAUCGGAUCACAACUAUUUAGGAUGGGGCGUGUAAAAAAAUUAUACUUCACAAACGCCGGAGUUGCCUGGUUCUUUGCGAUACGGAUCCAUUUUCAACUACCAUACCUACGCUGUGCUGAAAAAUUCGUCUGAAGGCUUUCAAUUGGUCAUCACGGUGCCUAGUUCGUCGCAGUACU